UUGCGACAGUAUCGUCAGGAUGUCUUGAGAACUGGAAAUAAUUUCAGUUAAGCAUGAGUUAAACAGGAGCGUUGGAGUUAAACAAACGAGUUAAAUAUGACAAUAAUUGACAAAACAUUUAUGAUAGCUUCUGCAGCCCUCAAACACUCUCCUAUAACACAAUCGAAAUUAAAACUGAUUCCUAAUUUCAUUUCACAGAAAGAAGAAGAGCAAAUUUUGAAUGAAAGUGAGAAAAAGUUAAAACGACUCAAAUACCAGCGAGAUCACUGGGACGAUGCUAUUGUUGGCUAUCGGGAGUUUGAGAGUGCCAAUUGGUCGGAACAGACUCUGGCAGUAAUUGAGCGAGUUAAACGUGAAGCUCAUUUUUCGAACUCUCCUCGACAGCUUGUGCAUGUUUUGGACAUUGAUGCUGCGGGGUUUAUUAAACCGCAUAUUGACAGUAACAGGUACUGUGGAGACAAAGUGGCAGGGGUCUCGCUUCUGUCCGACUCAGUAAUGCGGCUCGUCAACCAAUCAGAUAGCAGCAAAUAUAUCACUUUAUUACUCCCACGGCUGUCGCUUUACGUGUUGGCUCACGAGUUUAGAUACGAUUACACUCACGAGAUACUUUCGGAUGAAAUGUCGUUUUUCGGAGACGAAUACGUGAAGAGAGAUCGACGAGUUUCAAUGGUGUGUAGAAGUGAACCUUCGCCUUUGUCGAAAUAACCGU